UUCAUCUACAGCUGAAAACUCCACGCCGCCAUCAUGUCCUUUGGAAGGGUCCUCUCUCUGUCUUCUGGCAACACCAUUCCUCAGAUCGGGCUUGGUACAUGGCUCUCACAGCCCAACGAAGUUGAGAACGCCGUGGAGAUCGCUGUGAAGCAUGGAUACCGCCACCUCGAUCUCGCGCAGGUGUACCAAAACCAGGACGAGGUCGGUCGUGCGUUGAAGAAAGUCAUCCCAAGCGUCGUCAAGCGUGAGGAGCUUUUCAUCACGUCCAAGCUUUGGAACUCGUCGCAUCAGCCCGGCGAGGCUGAGAAGGAGCUUGACUUUACCCUUGGGCAGCUCGGCCUCGACUACCUUGAUCUCUACUUGAUCCACUGGCCGGUCGCUUUCAAGCCCGGUCAGGGCCUUUUCCCGCCCAGCGAAAAGGAGGGAUGGGUCGCGCUUGAUCUCGAGCCCUCGCUCGUUGACACCUGGAAGGCGAUGAUUGCUUUGCAGAAGACCGGCAAGGUCAAGCAUAUUGGUGUGUCCAAUUUCACGAAGGAGCAUAUUCAGGGCAUCAUCGAUGCUACUGGAGUUGUCCCCGCCGCGAACCAGAUCGAGGCGCACCCGUACCUGCCGCAGGACGAGCUGCUCGCGUACUGCAAGGAGAAGGGCAUUCACGUCACUGCCUACUCGCCUCUGGGCAACAACCUCGUCGGCAGGCCGAAGUUGACCGAACUGCCCGCGAUCCAGGAGAUUGCCAAGGAGCUGAGCGCGACUCCCGCGCAGGUGCUCGUCGCGUGGGGCGUGUACCGCGGAUACUCGGUUAUUCCCAAGUCCGUGCAGGAGGAGCGCAUCGUGUCCAACUUCAGGCAAGUCGAGCUCAGCAAGGACGCAUACGAGAAGGUUUCGGCGGUGGGCAAGGGCAAUCACACUCGGUUCAACAUCCCGUACAACUACAAGCCUGGGUGGGAUAUCAACAUCUUCGGUGAGCCCGACGAGGCCCCCGCGACGAACAAGGUGAAGAUUGCGUGAAUAUGUAGUGAAAAUGAAUGUAGAGGAUGAUUUAUGUAUGUGUAACACUAUCGCGCGAUCGUUCCUGGCGGCAACGAAUAGUGACUAUCGGUGCCGACGGGUGAGCCGCCAACUGAGCCCGGGAAUCAGACAGGGG